ACCUUCUCCAGGGUGCUACAGUGAAGUUUGUAUUAGUGAUGUUCUUUGCGUCAUUACAAUUUUUGAAAGAACUAUCUUUGGCCUGCAGGGUGUGUGUAUUCCUUCAAUGGGUCUUUUUUUGCUGUCAGUACCUGUUAAGCAUACCGCUGAAAAUAAGAACAACAACAAAGGAGAAUAAAAGCGAUGUCGUAGUAUGAAAUUCGAAGGAAUAAAGAAUGAUAAGAGUGGGUUUUUUUAAUUAUUUUUCGAUAGGCCCAAGGCAACUACUGUUUGCACCAAGUCUAAGUGUAAUUUCUGUAACUUCUUUAUCAGCUAUCUGCGCCAGAUCAUGGAAAUAGUAGCAGCCGUGCAGGGCUCAGCAUUUUUUCUUUGUGUUACGUGGAUAGGAAAAUUUCGUAGCCACACAACGCGCUCGUAAACAUUACACAGUUUUUUAGGUACUCUGAAAUUCUUGUGCAUAUUGUACUGAAAAGUAAUAUGCCGUUACUCAACUACUUGUUUUCUGCGCUGGCGCGACAUAUGACUAGGCUUCGUCAAUUCCAUUUUCCAAGCACGUCUUUGAUCCAAUACAUUUUUCAUUAACAACGAACCUGGCAGGCAAUUAAUAUUCCUUCGCUGUAGGUCAGCAUCUGCACCGAAAAUGUGCGAAAUUACUCGAAGGCUGGGUAUUCUGUCGGUGGUGGGGAUCGUGCCAGAGGGAGAGUGGAGUAUUUUGGUUACUUGUGUGGAUGACAUUUUCCGGAAUCCCAGGAAUCGGAAGCAGCAGGGCGCCUCCAGCGUCGUGGAGCCAGUACGAGUCGAAGCGCGGAGCAGUUCAAACGCCCAGUCGAUUCAGCUCGCCACGAGGAGCAAAUCGCAGGCGCGAGCUCACAUUGCUCGCGGCGGAUAGGCGGUGGGUGUGUCGCUACGCCGGUUGUGCUGUCAGCUGUGGCUGCUUCGCUGACGAAGACGCUUUAAAAAAUGGAGGACGCGGGAGUGACUUGUGGCGAGGGUCCCCGCGACUAUCAGCUGCCGUUUGACGUUGACGGCGACGGCGACAGCUGUGCGAGCCAGCCCCUCGGUGAUAGAAACGGUAGCGAGAGCCCGACGACGUACGCGGGUCCGCCGCAGUUCUCGCGGCCGGCGCUCGUGCUGGACAUCCCGGCCCCGGCGGACGGCACGGCGCCCAACACCGCCUCCAGCAUGGAGCUGCCCAACGAGAUCUCGGCGCCCUACGAGGUGCCGCAGUUCCCCAUAGAGCAGCUCGAGAAGAAGCUGGCCAUGCAGCGCCAGAUCACCAGCAGCUUUGCUCGUGACUUUGAGGAGAGACGCAGCCAUUAUGAGCCAUCUCAUUGCGAUGGUCUGGAUAAUGAUCUCCCUGAUGAAACUGACUUUGUGCCACAUUUCCAGAGAGUCUCUGUCAGUGGUGAGGAUACAAGUGGUGUUCCACCAGAGGAUCUACAGCAAGCAAGCAGACUGCUGGUUCAGGCCCUCCAUAUACGUGAGCAGUACAUGGCAAUCUCUCAACAGAGUUUUCCAUCUAUUACAGCACGUUUCCUGCGUUCUGUGUCAUCUGGAUGUCCACACCUUCUGACCAAUGACAUUAAACAUGAGGAUCGCAAAACCAUUGAAGACCAUCCAGUCCAUGCACCUGCAAGCAAAGGAGAUCCUUGGAAAUGCAACUUUCCUCCAUCAAAGGGGUACUUCUUCCGACCAGUGGAUGGUGUGUUUCAAGUCUUUCGUGAUCCAGAGUGUACAGAUCCAUUACCAUAUCCAUACAAAACACUGGCUCAGUUUGUUGCUGACAUGAAUCGCCUUUGUGCAAUGAUUGCGGAUGGACCACUGAAGUCCUUCUGUUAUCGAAGACUCAGCUAUCUGUCAUCAAAAUUCCAGUUACAUGUCCUUCUCAAUGAAUUACGUGAGCUUGCUUCACAAAAGGCUGUCCCACAUAGAGACUUUUACAACAUUAGAAAGGUGGACACGCACAUUCAUGCUGCCUCUUGCAUGAAUCAGAAGCACCUGCUCCGUUUUAUUAAGAAAACAUUGAAAAACCAUGCAGAUGAGGUGGUUGUAUGUUCAAAGGGUGAAAAGAUGACACUUCGGCAGGUGUUCCAGUCAAUGAGUCUUACUUCAUAUGAUCUCACUGUAGACAUGCUAGAUGUACAUGCUGAUCGUAACACCUUCCACAGAUUUGAUAAGUUCAAUGCAAAAUAUAAUCCCAUUGGUGAGAGCAGGCUGCGAGAAGUUUUCCUCAAGACAGACAAUUAUCUUAAUGGAAAGUACUUCGCUCGCAUCAUCAAGGAAGUGGCAUCAGAUCUCGAAGAGAGUAAAUAUCAGAAUGCAGAACUUCGUUUGUCCAUAUAUGGAAAAAGUGCUGAUGAAUGGGACAAGUUGGCAAUAUGGGCAAUAAACGGAAAUGUGUACUCGGAUAAUAUUCGCUGGCUGAUACAGAUACCUCGCUUAUUUGAUAUAUUCAAAUCAAACAAACUGAUGGACAACUUUCAAGAAAUACUGAACAAUAUUUUUUUGCCACUUUUUGAAGCAACAAAUGAUCCAAACUCACAUCCAGAACUGCAUAGGUUCCUACAGUAUGUUAUUGGGUUUGACUCUGUGGAUGAUGAAAGUAAACCAGAAAAUCCAUUAUUUGACAAAGAUGUUCCUGUGCCUCAUUUGUGGAAUGACUUUGAAAACCCACCAUAUGCAUAUUAUCAGUAUUAUAUGUAUGCAAACCUGACUGUUCUAAAUCACUUUCGAAGGGAACAAGAUCUAAAUACUUUUGUCCUGAGACCUCAUUGUGGUGAAGCUGGUCCUAUUCAGCAUCUGGUAUGUGGUUUCAUGAUGGCUGAAAACAUUUCACAUGGACUAUUGCUCCGAAAGGUUCCAGUGCUCCAGUAUUUGUACUACUUAGCACAAAUUGGAAUAGCCAUGUCACCUCUGAGCAACAAUUCACUUUUUCUCAACUACCAUCGAAAUCCGUUGCCUGAAUACUUGGCACGUGGAUUAUGUGUAAGCCUAUCCACUGAUGACCCCCUGCAGUUUCAUUUCACCAAGGAACCAUUGAUGGAAGAGUACAGCAUAGCAGCACAGGUGUGGAAGUUAAGCUCAUGUGACAUGUGUGAGCUUGCAAGGAACUCUGUACUGAUGAGUGGUUUCCCACACAAGAUGAAACAAUACUGGUUGGGGCCCAAUUAUACCAAAGAAGGUGUAGCUGGCAAUGACAUAACAAGGACCAAUGUACCAGACAUCAGAGUAGCAUUUCGCUAUGAGACACUGGUUGAUGAACUUUCAAACAUUUUCAGAGUUGCUGAAAAAGAAAACUCAUUAUAGACAUGGACGCCAUCAUAUAUAAGGCAGGAUGCCUGUCAAGAAGUGCUGAUCUUUAAUUUCAAAUUUUUUCACCAGAAAAUCUGUUUGUCAUUUGAUCGUCAUCUUGCUGGAAACUGUAACUGGCACUUUUAAUGACUAUAAGUAAUAUUUUAAGAUAGCAUUAAUGCUUUAAAUUAUCUUUGUUAAAUACAGCCCUCCUCCAAAAAUUUUGAAACAAUUGUUGUCAUUUGACAGUUCUUUCUUUCGGGAAUGCUAAACAGUGUACCAAUUUCUGUUAAUACUGCUCCCUUAGUAAAGUAUACAAUUCACUUACUUCUUCCUGGAUGCUUACAGUAACUGGUAUAUGAAGCCAGUGUGUUUACCUUGAUAACAUAAUGAGAGCUAAAUUGGGAUGGUGAUGCAAUUAUUGAAUGGUUACAGUGAAAAAUCUCUGAAAAGAACUGUAAUAAUAUUGACCUGUGCCUUGAAACACACUUGCCACAUACGUGAAUGUUUCAGAUCACAAAAACUAAUUCUUACACUCUCUUCUAAUAAAUAAAUAUGAAAGAUUUUUCUAUUUCUUCAAAUAAAUGAGGCAUUAUGUAUUUAACUUUUAAUACUGUUGUUUUUUUACAACUGUACUAGUUUUGCACUGUGACUUAUUGUAUAUUGUGUACAGGCCCUUUGUCACAAAUGCAAUAUUACCUUAUUGUUGUUUUUUUAAGAAUUAUUUAUUAAGGAAUUUCCUGCCACCUUUAUUUCUCUGAUUUAUUGUGUAACGAGAAAAAAUGCUGCACACAACAAUGUGAAAUGUCUGUAGUUGUAAAUUGCAGUUGAUAAUAGUCACAAACCCUCAUUUAGACAGGGGGCACAAAUUCCCCACACUUUUUUCAAUAUUGCAUGGGAGUUUAAAGGUGUCUGGAAUAAAUUUUGAAACCCUCAGAUAUAUUUUUAGAUACAUAUAUGUUCAGAAAUAAUAGUGGAAUUCUUCGUAUUUGAGACGUACUUGCUGCAGAAUGUUUUGAAUAAGCUAUAGAAUCUAUUUUGUAGCUGAUAUUCUGAUAAAAUCUGUGGAUUUCAAAGUUUUUUACUUUUCUGUUAUGUAGUUUAUGUAUAAUUCUUAAAGCAGGCAUUCCAUAAUUGAAAAAUGUUAGUUAUUGAAAUGUUUUCUGAGUGUACAAUCAUUUAUCAUAAAUGUUUAUCAAUGGCUUUAUGUAACAUCAUUCUUUUUUACAAAAUAUGUAUUUUUUCUUUAUUUACUGUGUGCCAGUUCCUGUUGUGAGAGACUUGUGAGAAACUUGAAAUAUAUAGUGAAUACUUUUUAUGAAAAUGUGACUUCAUAUGGCUGUGGUGAUAUUAUUUUGAUAAUGGGGAAAACUACACCCACCCACAGUAAAGUGUGCAUGUGCGUGCGUGUGUGUGUGUGUGUGUGUGAGAGAGAGAGAGAGAGAGAGAGAGAGAGAGAGAGAGAGACCAUGGGCAUGUGUUCAGAGUCUGUUUUACAUACUGAGAUUUAUAGUGUGAAGUGCAGGGAGAAGCAGAACCAAAGUCUGAGCAUAACAAUAACCCUUUUUGUAUAUUGUUUAGAUGUUUAGUAAAAUAUCAGGUUGUCAAAUGAAUCUAAUAUGCUCUUUCUGCGUGACAUUUAUUACUGUCUGGAAUUUAGAUAUUUUUGUGUAUAGAUUAGAGAAGCAUUUACGAUGUACUUACUACAUUAAAUGUGAUUGUGUAAUGUUGUA